GAGAGAGAGAGUUUCCGAGAGGGUGGGGUUAGUUGGCCGCCAGACGCGACUCGAGCAACAUUGCCACUGCUUUUGCUUGCCAUUCACGCUGCUUGUGUGCGUGUGUGUGUGUGUGUCUGCCUGCCUGCCUGUUGUGCUGCUUCCGCUUUGCUUGCAUCAGAUCAGUCGGCAGCAUUUUGAUCUUCCGGGUAUCCCGCUUGCUUCCGCUUCUUCCAAGGCGUGAUUUUCUCAAGACAGACAAAAAUAAUUUUAUGCAAGAAAUUUAGAAAAAAAAAAACAAGUCAUGUGUACGUCUUCCGUGCUCUUCGAAAAUCACCAGGAACGAUGCAUUUGAGAUGAGAAUCUCCUUGAUGAAUGACUUUAAUGAGUUUUGAUGAAUGUCGACGCCAGGGCAUCCAGCAAGAUCCUGUUAUUCCCGACGAUUUCUCAUUAAAGGUGAUUUAAUGACUUAAGACGUUCAAAGCAAGUUUAUGUCGGAGACAGUCUUGGGUCCUCCAUACCAGCCAGUUUGACGUCCUAUUCUAGGCUGAGAAAAUCUCCGGAAUUACUUUGAAAUAAGGGAAAUAAAUCUGAAUAGAAUUUUUGGUGAGGAUAACUGCAAUAUAUACAGACCUUAUUCCAAGUUGAAAUUCCAGACGGCAUUCCAAGCUGAAGUAUUCGUGGAAAUCAUCAGAAAAGGAAGGGAAAAAGUUUAUCCCGAAUGUAUUUAACUCUUGUGGGUGAUCUCAUCAGCCCAAGUGCCCGGAAAGAUUAAGGAAGAUUGAGCCAAUCAAUUAAUCUCUCAAAGAAAAAAAAAAUUUGAGCCGUUCAAAUAGAGCUUUGACCUGAGUUGCCUCGAGUUAAGAAGAAAAAAAGAAGUUGGCAGUUUCCUUCGUCUAUGUUUUGCUGGAUUGUUCUUUAAAGACAUCGGUGUUUCCUGGUAAACUUUCUGAAAAAAUUAACGAGAGUCUGAAUCUUAUGAACAAGAACUAGCCAUGAGAGACAGACUCAACUUGUCAAAUUAAAAAACAUAUGUAAUAGUCAGUUGUACAAAACAAUACUUUUGUAUCUUUGCUGAAUUAAGAAGAAAGGAAGUGUGUGAAGGAAGCAUCAUCCCUUUGAAAUACCAAGCAAACACACAAAUACAGACAGAAAGAACGUCUCUGAGGAUAACGAGUAGACCUCACAGAUAACCAGUUGAAGCAACUUCGAGCGACAUCAACUUUAAUCAGUUUCAAGUCUAUGGAGCUAAUUUAAGUUUCAGCAAAUAUAAGGGAAAUGAACCAAAUAUGAGAGCCAAGAACUAACAGGAAGUGUGCAAAACUAUAAGGUAAAGGAAUAAUAAUAUCAAAACUUUUUCCUCAGAAGCUGUUCUUAAAAAGGAGUUUCCAAAAACCGUUACGAAAACUGGUGUGUCUUGAAGAACCGGCUAUAGACGACUGUCAUUGAAGAGAGAGAGAGAGAGAGAGAGCGAGAGAGAGAGAGAGAGAGAGAGAGAGAGAGAUCAUGUCGGUAACCGCCCGUUGAACAUCAAAGCAAGAAAGGUGUCUCAAACCAACCAAUGUUGAGAUCAACGGGGGACUCCUUUGGAAGCAAGACGAUCAUCAUCCACCCGCACAAGAUGUUCACAUCCAGACGCAAGAGCCUCCCGGACACCUCAUCCAUCUCGUCAUCCUCUUCGUCAGCCUUCUUCAGCCCCUCCGGCGUCGUGGCCGGCAGGACCAAGAAACGGAGAGCAUCCAAUGGCUUCCUUAAUCCAGAACUGAUGGCAGCCCCAGCGGGUGGAGGGUCCAUGGGCAUGGGGGCCGGGCCAGGAGGCCCAGGAGCGGGCAUUGCCAGCGACGGGCGUCUUCUGAUCAACGAACUGAGGCACCACAAUUUCGAUGCCAUUCGCUUCGCCUCUUACCGGACGGCGGCCAAGCUGCGUUUUGUCCAGAAGAAAACCAACAUGCACUUGGUCGACAUCUGGAAUAUAAUUGAGGCAUUCCGAGAGAAUGGCCUGAACACUUUAGAACCUCAUACAGAAGUCAAGGUAUCGCGUUUAGAGACCCUGAUAUCAACUCUCUACCACAGCUUAAACAAAAGGCUCCCUGCUGGCAAACACAUAGCAAUAGACUCAUCAACCUCUAUUCUUCUCAACUGGCUGCUUUCUGCAUAUGACAGUGAUGAUGAGGGAAAGCUACGGGUUUUCAGUGUCAAAGUAGCUCUGGCCACACUCUGCAAUAGCAAGCCCCUUGACAAGCUUCGUUAUGUAUUUUCUCAAAUAUCAGACAGCAAUGGACACCUUGCUCUUAGUCGUUUCUCUGAGUACCUUAAAGAAGUUCUAGCUUUACCAGCUGCAGUGUUUGAAUCUCCAAGCUUUUCCUAUUCAGAAAAUCUAGUGCGACAGAUUUUUGAUGGGGUUAAACAUAUAAACGUCAAUGACUUCUUAGAAAUUGUGUUGGAGGAUCCAGGGCCUGAGUGCUUAGCUUGGUUACCACUCUUGUAUCGUUUAGCCGCAUCAGAAUCAGAUGCACAGUGGGCUGUUGAACUGAUUGACGAUGCCUAUGUUGAUGAGUUUAUUCAUCAGACCACCUGUGAUGGUUGUAGAAGAGAGAAUUUCAGUGGUUUGCGGUAUAAAUGUGAGAAGUGCCAUAACUACAGCAUGUGCCAAGAAUGCUUCUGGUUGGGACGUUUCUCUCUACCACAUUCCAUUGAUCAUCAAGUAAAAGAAUACACAGCUUUUACCCCGACACGCAGUUCAUUUCGUCGAAGUUUCCGGUGUGUGCCAGAUAAACCAUCAUCAGAUCGACCAAGAUUUCCAGAAUUACCUGAAAAAACAUUAAAUUUAUCUCAUAUUGUACCUCCUUCACCCUUGCCUUCCCAUAAUGGCUUUGAGAGUGGAGCCUCAGCACCAAUACCUGCCUCUUUAGAAAGUUGCUCAUCCAGUCGAAGUUGUGUUAGCAGUUUACCAGACUGGGGUCAGCUGGACGAAGAGCAUCGCCUGAUUGCUCAUUAUGCUGCACGACUAGCUAACCAAACAAUAAACUCAAGUAGCGAAAGCAUAGAUUCUAGUCCCGGAUUUGAUGCCUCAUCAGCCAGAGAUCUCAUUCAGUCAUUAGAAGCCAAAAACCGGGAAAUCAUGAGAGAAAUCAACAUUUUAAGGAACAGAGUGUAUGUUUGCAGGCAGCAACAGGAGCGAGCUGAGGGCAGCAGUAAUCCAACUUUGGUAGCUGAGCUGCGUCUCCUGCGAUCCCAUCGCCAUGAGUUAGAAUCCAAUCUUUCCUACCUCCAAGAUUCUCGUAAGCAGCUUAUGCAGCAGCUGGAGAGUCUCAUGAAAAUGCUCAAAUAUAACCUUCAGAAUCACCAUAGUUCUCCUAGCACUCCAAAUGGUUCUCCCAAGUCUCCCCCGCUCUCAACAAGUGGAACCAUUGGGAGUAGUGUUAUGAGUCAUAUGGGUGGAAUGCAAGGAUCCACAUCAUCCCGGUCUGCUCCACCCACUCCUUCUCAUACUGCUCAAGUCUCCACACUCGAUUCAUUGUCAUCACUUCAUGUAGAUGGUUUACAGUCAGCUGUUUCAUCAGUUUUCUCCAGUGCAGCAUCAAGUUGUACUCCUGAUAAUUCCCCUGAUGAUGAUGAUAGUUUAGCAUCACGGAGCCUCAGAAACGACCUUCUCGUUGCAGCAGAUUCUGUCACAAAUGCUAUGUCUAGUCUUGUCCGGGAACUGAAUUCAGAAAGUUCAGAUGAUGACUCCAUGCUAGCAAGACCUCUUCCCGAACGAGAAUAUGAUUUCAAAAAUCUGUAUGACACUUCAUCAUGGCGCAUGACAGAUGGCAACUAUAGUGAGGAUGAAGGAUCUUUAGGUCACCUGCAUAUGCGAAAGAGUAGUGGGGACACUCACCUUAUCAAUUCACAGAGUGGACUUGGAAAUCAGAAUAAGCGUCGUAGUAGUCAAGGAACAAGUGAACAAGAUAACAGCUCUCUAAAACCUGAAGUUGAGACACCAGAUUGGGAGGAAGCUGGAAUGGGUUGGGUCAAUAGGACCUGUAGCCUCCAAACUACGUACAUGAUGGUCAGCACUGCAACUAGGUGUUGAGAGUGUCCACAAGUAUUAAUUGAUGGCUGUCGUUAAAGGAGACUUUUGGUAAGAAUUACUACCUUACAUGUCACAAUGAUGAUUUUUCAGUGCACAAAUUUACAGAUUAUGUAUAGAUAUGUGUUAUUUUAUGCAGUAAUGUACUAUGUUUGUAUCCUUUUCCAUGAGUAAACAUCAUAAUAGUAUAGUACAUAAUUUAUGAUCCCCAUGAGUUGUGCACUGUGAUGGUAUAUUGGUACUACAUUAUACGUAAUUCUCUUUCUUUAACGUAUAAGGCUUCAUUCUAUAAAAGCCAUAUUAACUGUAACCUUUCAUCUAAGGUAAAGCUUCAAGGAGACAACUACCUUAAAGUGAAAGGUAUAAUCUGCAUACGUCUUUCUCUACUGUGCACAAGUAAAUUUGUUUUCUAUUGAAUGGAAGACUAUAUUUAUAAAUAUCAUUAUCAAAUAAGUAAUUGAAGGACACUUGGGCUGCUUUGUCACCAGUCUACAAUUGAGUUGUAAUGUUUCAAUAAUUGGCACAUGCUAGUUAUUUUGUGUUGGUUCCCCUAAGCUUUGAAAUUCAGUAUACAUAAUGUUGAGUUAAUAAAAAGCAGCAUCACUGUAUACUGUAAUCUGAUUUUUUGUAUAUAUAUUUUUCUAUAAUUUCACUUUGGUUUAAAUGAAUUAAUCUUGUAAAAGAAUUACUUACUGUAAUAUGACAAUAAUUAGAACUCACAUAUACUUAAAAUAAAAGACUGUACUCUCUAUAUGUACUCAAACUAAGUGGAAACUUAUGUAACUUGAAUAUUAUUACACCUACCUCAGUCUUGAAAGCAUUCUUUUUCAUAUCCUUUGAGUUUCCUUACAGUUUGACAUAGUUCAUGAAUAGUUUAGCCAAACUGCUUUGUUUGUUAGCGUAAGUAAUCAGUUUUUCUUUACCUGCUACAAUCCUCUUCAUAUCAGUCUGUAAUGAUCAAAACAUAGGAAAUAAAUUUUUAAAAUAUUUCCAACAACAACUGUACUAUUUGUACUUUGCUAUUUUGCAAGUGCAAUACUGUUAUUUGUUAUUUAAGCAUUUUGCAAGUGCAAUGGGUAGUUUAAUUGUUAGUAUUUAUACUAUGCUCAAUCCAUAAAAUUUUGAGUUUGACAUUUACUUAGGUAACAGAGACUUUGUAGAUUUAAGAUAUUUCUUUUUGAUUUAAGAUAAGUUAAAUAUUACGAUAUAUGUAACUAUGAUGCUCAGUUUUUAAAAAAUAUCUUACUGUUCCAUGUAAGGCACAGGUAGGAAUAUUAGAUAAAAGCACAGUCAUAACUUUAUGAAUACAUAUAUAUGUUAAUAAUUUUAGAACAUAUAAUUGGCAUAUAACAUUUUGCAUUUGUGAACACUUUUUAUUCAAAUUGCAUGAAUGUGUGCACUGCGUCAUGUUGUUUUGUUUCUUCUCAACUCCAUUAAUCACUCUUACUUUACUGUGUGGUCUAUAACUUCCCAGGUUUAUCAGGCUUUAGUCUAUUAGACAGUAGUAGUCCUACUACAUAUGCUCACUGUGCUCCCUCAGUGUACCUGCUAACCACUAGAUACAAAGCUCUUUUGCCCAGUCUGUCAGGUGUUUGCUUUUUGCAGAGAUUGCCAUUAGAAUCUCUCUAAUAUUUUUUUUUUUCAUCUAUCAACUCCUUAACCUCUUUUCACUUUGUGACCAAUAUCUGAUAACAGUGACUCAUAACAGUAGGUACGUUGCAGUUGCCAAGUUUGUCUUUAGGAUUGCUGGCUUGUUCAGGAUGACCAUUGUGGAUACUGUGGAUACUGUAGUUUACUUAUUCGUCACUUUGAGUGUAACUUUUUAGCAUCUUCAUCCUGUUGCUUAAAGGGUACCUAUUUUUCAAUUCAUGCUUCAUUUGUUACUUUCCGGGCGAAGUUUGAUGAGCAGUCUGGAGUUGACUUAGUGUUGACCUAGCUGGAACUUUAAGGUGUGCCAUCCACUACCCACACCUUCCAUGUUCAUACAGCACCCCGCUUUUCUUGAUCGCUUUGCUACAUGCCAUGAACACACCUCACCUGCCUGACCUAUGGACAAUCCCUACCCACAAAUGUGCCUUAUUCUAAGGCUACUGUGCUUGCGAAGUGGCAUGCCCACUAACCUCUGCCAGGCCCUCUUCCCUGUUCAACUUGUGCACUUCCCAUGGCACAUCCUUCAUUUCUUUUUGGCCUUUUGUUACUUCCAGUGAUGAGGUUCACUUACUUUGUCCAUUGAAAAUGAUCAGGGUUUACCUGCUCAAGACUAGAACCUACAAAGACAAUACUCACAGGUUGUUUUUGUUCAUGGGCCAAAGAAAGCAGGACAUAAUCAAGAACAUGGUCUUCUUUUGACUGCAACAUGAAACUGUCAUAGAAUGAUAAUAUGAAGUGAAGUGGAAUGGUAAGUAAGUAAACCUCCAAGUCAAAAGCACUCUCUAUUUCUGUUACUUUUAAACUAACAUGGCAUUAUCCUAUUUUAAAUGCACAGGUACCUGGUGAUGCAAAUCUAUAAUUGACUUCAUCUGUGUCAAGAAAUGUGGUGCAUAAAUGGUUAGACUUGUAUUUGUUCAGACAAAUACUUAAGACAUCAUAAUUUACAUACGUGUACUAAUUUACAUACAUGUACUAUGCUAAUUCACUUACACCUCUCAUAUAUGAAAAUGCCAUAAGGCAGGCCUGCAAGUUUAAUUUAAUGGUCACUCUUUUUGGCCUGCAAGUUUAACUUAAUGGUCACAUCUUUUGGCCUGCCAGUAAUUUAUUGGUCAAAGUACCAAGUCUUCAUUUUGUAGUCUGUGUGACCUGAAAAACUUCUUCCUUUCCACAACAUUUGUGGCAUAGAUGCAUACAUUCAACAAACCUAUGAACACUUAAGAAUUUAUUUUCUUUUUGACUUGUGAAGUCACAAGGUACAAAACACAUUUGGGGACUGAAGCAUCUCAGCCUCCCUUCUAAAUUAAAGUGUACAUGACGAAUUUAGUAAUAAAAAUAGAUUUUUACUAUUGAGAGAGAGAGAGAGAGAGGAGAGAGAGAGAGAGAGAGAGAGAGCGGGGCUACAUAAAGAACCACAGCAACCUGUGCAGUAGGACUACUACUUCCAUCAUCCGAUAUAUAAAAGAUUGGUGAAUCUGGGAAUUGACAAACCAUGAAAUAUGGCACAUUAUACAUUUAUUGGAUCUGUAUAAAAUAUCUUGUUUUGUGUUGUAGAACAUUUAAGUGUUGAAACAGGCAAACUAAGCCAUGGUAGUCACAACAGGUGUUUUUCUUCCAUGCUGAUUUCCUUAUUAUGACCAAGCAUGUUUAAAUGGAAAAACAAAAAGAAAAUCAAAAACAAAUUAGCAUACUAAAGAAGUUGCAAUCAACAUGAUAAUCAAAAGAUAUUGAGAAAAGAAUUUGAUGUGAAUAAAUGCAUAUCUUGUAUCAUGUGAAAAUAUCCAUAUCUGAUACUAUUAGAAAAUAGACUAUAGUUACUAAUUAAAUUUUAAGUUUAUCAUCACAGUACAUACUAUGUAGUUUUAUAAUGUGUUUAGCUUAAAUUUAGGCAACAAAACUGAAGUGACAUUAAUUUUCAGCUAAAAUUUGGUAGUUACUAUAUUGUAAACUCAUGAAAUUCAAAUGAGCAGUAUUACAGCUUUUUAUGGUUACACAAUGAUGGAAUCCACCAUGGAAAGUGUAAAUUACUUUCCUUCUAUGGUACAAGUUUUUGUUAGAAUUUUAAGUGAUAUCUGGGGGUCAUAGAAUGUAACCUUUUUACUUUAGGAUUUUGAGGAAACUGGGGAAAUUAAGUUUUUUUUUUUUUUACCACAAAACCAUUAUGUAUUAAUAAUGUAGUUCACUGCAUGUGUUGCAGGAAAUCUUCCACAUAAGAGUUCUCUGUAGAAAAAACAAAAAUGGUAGCCAGUGGUCAAUAGUCUAAUUUAUGCAAUAAAAAUGCAGUUUA